AUGUUGUCCUCCCGUCUUCGGCACCAGCACGAGUCUGUGCUUCUUGUUGUGGCUGCCUUCUCGCUAGUGCUUCUUCUAUGGCAGCUAGCCGACUAUGAUGACCAAAGCAUAACCGAUGCGUUCAAAAAAGCAUCGUUUUCCCUAGGCCCCGAUAAGCUUAUGAGCGGCUUCGGCUCGGGUGCCUACAUUGAACAAGAGCUGCUGCCACUCCAUCAGUCCGUUCUUCUACCGGCUAGAUGGAAUUUCGACGAGGCCACGGUCAAGAGACAUUUGCAAAAUACCGCCAGCAGGCAUUGGCCGAUGGUGCAGCCAGAAAAGAGCCUGGAUCGCAGCCCGGACCGCUCGAGGUCCAGGUUUGUGCCCCAUGAGCCGUUCAACUUAUACCACUCGGCGGAAGAUUGGCCCGAAGACCAGUGUGACAAGCAGCUCAACUCAACGGUGGAUUCGUUGAAAGUGAAUUCGAGAGAGACGCUACCGGGAAACUUCACACAUAUCCUUCAGGUGCUUCUAGAAGAGCACGACGAUUACAAGGACCCAUAUUAUCAGGAGAUUGCUCCGCUUUUUAUGAAGAGUACCCGUAUAGCCCUUGAAAAAGAUUUGGUCAGCGCAUUCUGGUAUCGUCUAUCAGGCUCAUCUGUCUGGCUUAAGGAUCACAAUGUCCAUUUGCUUGUCCUGAGGUUUCUUUAUUCGCAUUAUAAGGCCAGAAACAACCCCAAGGCGAGUUUUGUCUUGGUUCAAGUCUUUGAUGAGAAUUGGAAGGAAAUUCAAGAUGUCCGUUUGGUGUUUCCAACAAAUAAAUUAAGCGAUCCUGAUGCCCCAGGUUUCGAAUCAGAUGGCCAGCAUUUCCAUUCUUACCGUUUUCCUCGCCUCAUGCCAGUGCCCUUCUACAAUGACUACGGCACCUCGAAGGUGAAAUACUUAGGACCGGAAGACCCAAGGGUAAUUCUUAUCAAAAACCCUGAUGGCUACGAAGAGCCUCUCAUAGUGUUCAACGCUGAACACCACAAAAUGGCCAAAGAUAUAAAUGGCAAGGAAGAAGACAAAAAAUAUCGCUCCAUGUUUAUGUCAAGACUUUUCCAGCUUCAAAAAGGCAAGGGCGGGUUGGAAACUAAGGUCAGGCCACUUACUAAUGAGAUGUUUUUCGUUAGGACGGAGGAGUUGGGAAUUAAGGGUGUUGAUAGGCCCCGGAAGUCCAAAAAUUGGACUCCCGUGAUAAGCGACAUUGAUAGACAACACAGCGGUGGGUACGACAAAUCCAUUCUUUUCAUUACUCAAGUCAAAAACCUUGCCGCUGUGAAGUGUGACUUGGUUGAUAACCCCGGUGAAUGUGAGGUUUUGUAUAAAAGAGACGGUGAUAUUGGUGAGAUGCGUGGUGGCACUCCGCUUCUUAGCGUCAAUUCCCUUUUAAGAGAGAAAAAUGUCCCUCUCAAUCAGAUACUUCCUCGCGGACGUGAAGUCCUCGUGGGCUUUGCUCGAGCUCAUCUUACACAUUGCGGCUGUGGAACCUCCUUCUACCGACCCAAUCUUUUAGUGGUGACCAAAGACGAGGUUGAGACUACGGUUGACGGAGAGAGGAAAACGAAGUAUUUGUUCAAAGUAUCACACAUCUCGGGAUUCCUCUCAUUACAUGUCCCAAUUGACCCCUGGCAUAUCGACAAGCCAUAUGCUGUCUGUCAAGGUGUCAAUGCCUUGAUCCCUAAUGGAGUGUCGGAUUGGCUGAUGGAAGGACUCGAUAUCGUGAAUGGCCAAUGGACAGUGAAAGACAAAAUGUCCAUUGCAUUUUCAGUUUCUGACUUCAGCGUUGAUCGUGUGGAAGUAAAGGGCAUUCUCAACGCACUCUUGAAUGUGCCCGACAAGUCUCUCUUUUUGCAGCCACCGGGAAUAGCCACUAUCGACAUGAGUGCAUUUUUACCCCAGCUCAAUCUGGAAGGCGAACUCAAGGACGGCGUUCCUGGCUACUCCAAUACAAAUGUGGGGUGUGCUAUUCGCAGUGGUACAGACUUCUGCAAGAAGUUCGGCCAGUCAGAACUGGUUAUAGAGGACGAACACAGGCAUGAAGACACUUCGAUUUACAAGUCGGUUUAUGACGACAAGGUAAAGGAGUAUGACGAGGCAUUCGAAAAGGCCGAAGAAGAGAAAGUCUACAGGGCUAUUAAAGAUGGCGUUCGCAAGAACAUUCUUAAAGUGUGUUACAGAAAGUACGAGGCUACCACCUCUAAUGAAAGUAAUUUACCCUCGUUCAAUCUUGUCUUUCACCAUGGCACUGGUAUGAAUAAGGGAAUGUGGCAUUCGCUCAUCGACCAAAUCUACAAUGAAGCGAAGUCGUCAGGAGUAUACAUCAAUACGUGUCUAGCCAUUGAUGCUGUGAAUCAUGGAGAAUCAGCGGAAGCCAAUAAAGAAUAUUUGGGCGAGGGUUUCGAUUGGAGAGACGGAUCCUAUGAUAUACUCAAAGUCGUGGAGAAUGAAACAGAUGUAUUUCUAGACUCUUCCUCGAAGAACAUUAUCAUCGGUCACUCCAUGGGUGGUAUGAUGUCGCUCUAUGUCUCGUAUUUGCAGCCACAGUUGUUUGACUCUUGCAUUGUCAUUAAUCCCGUUUGUUAUCCUGGCAGAGAAGUUACAAUCAUCAGGGACAAAUUGGUGCCCAAGGGGUAUUUGGAGACAAGAUUCGACGUUCCAAAAGGCGAGUCUUGGGAGAAUGUAGUGAACAAGUACAUGAGGACCGGAUCAUUCUUCCAGAGAUUUGAUGGCAUUGUUCUUGACAACAUGAUACAUGAUGAGGUGCCUAAAGAUCACUAUGGUAAAAAGGUGGAUAAAAUUGCAUUGAGGACGAGUCAGGAAUACACGUUGGCGACUUACAUGGGGUCCCAAGAGGCGUUGCCACCUAUGGGGGCCGUCUUGCAGUAUAUUCAAAUUCCGGUAAUAAGAUUUCUUUCUGGUGAAGACACAGCACCAGUUGCAGAUAGGGAAAGGUUGGCCAAAGACGUUAAAACCAUGGAGACUAUCCACUUUGCGGGACAAAGGCAUAUCAUGAAUGGUGAAAGCCCUGAAUUGACUGUGAGGGCACUUCUCGACGUUUUCAAAAAACGUGCUGUUGCGCCACCAACGAAGUUCCCUUUUAUUAGUAUAAAACCCAAGCUUUGA